GGCCGCAGAUGGCGCGCGUUUGACACAGCAAAUUCCACAGAAGGUUGGCGUCCGUCUCUUGGCAAUAACCGAUGUUUAUCAAAGAAUAUAUUGGUGCUGAGGAAGACCACUACAAAUAACGAGCAAGAUGUUGGUGCCAAUCUUCACUUUGAAGCUGAAUCAUAAAAUCAACCCACGCAUGGUUACUAUUGGAAAGUAUGAUGGCAAGCAUCCUAACCUCACAGCAGCCACAACGGCAGGAAAGGUCUUUGUCCACAACCCUCACACUCGCGCUGUGCGUGGAGGACGAGCCAGUGAAAUAGCGGUGGAUUCAGACAUCAGUCUCCUCAAUAUCAACCAGAAAAUCAGUGCCAUCUGUGCUGGGUCACUUGAUUCAAUGGGUGUGAAUGACAUCCUGAUGGUGGGCACCCAAACGAACCUCCUAGCGUACGAUGUCCAGAACAACACGGAUAUCUUCUACAAGGAUGCACCAGAUGGAGUGAAUGCUGUUGUGAUGGGUAAACUAGGAACCAUCAAUACACCCCUAGCAAUCACAGGAGGAAACUGUGCUCUGUCUGGAUUUGACAUUGAGGGAAAUGAUCUCUUCUGGACGGUGACUGGUGACAACGUAUGUUCUUUAGCAUUAUGCCAGUUUUCUGGAGAUGGCAGGAAUCAACUGGUUGUUGGAUCAGAAGAUUACGACAUCAGGGUAUUCCAAGAAGACGAGAUCAUUGCUGAAAUGACAGAGACAGAGGCCAUAACAGCUCUCUGCCCAAUGACAGAUGCUAGGUUUGGUUAUGCAUUGGCAAAUGGUACUGUUGGUGUUUAUGAAAAGAAUUCAAGGUACUGGAGAAUUAAGUCUAAGAACCAGGCAGUCACCAUAGAUAGCUUUGAUCUGGAUGCAGAUGGCGUACCUGAACUGAUCACAGGCUGGAGCAAUGGCAAGAUUGAUGCAAGAAGUGAUAGGACUGGUGAGGUCGUCUUCCGGGAUAACUUGUCCUCGGCCAUUGCAGGGAUUGUGCAGGGUGAUUAUAGAAUGGAUGGAAACAUGGAACUUAUCUGCUGCUCAAACGAAGGAGAAGUGCGAGGUUACCUACCAGCUAAUCAGGAGCAGAAAGGAAAUCUCAUGGACACCAACAUCGAGCAGGAAACUAUCCGAGAUCUGAGCCAGCGCAAACAGAACCUCAUCCUGGAAAUCAAGAACUAUGAGGAGAAUGCUAAGGCUGGAAAGGAUGAGAGACCAUCUGGUCUAGGUGAUCUAGACAAGGCACAGAUGGGCAUCAUCCCUGCAAAUACUCAACUCCAGACUACCCUCACUGUGAACUCGGGUGCUGAGAAUAGCGCUCCCCAUGUUGAACUGACAGUGAACACCAGCAAUGAUACCGUUUUGAAAUCUGUUCUCAUAUUUGCUGAGGGGAUCUUUGAAGGAGAGAGUCAUGUCAUACACCCCAACACACCUAGUUUAUCUAACUCCUUGAAAGUGCCAAUAGUCCCACCCAAAGACAUCCCUGUGGAUUUACACAUCAAAGCAUUCGUUGGUACAAAGUCAAGUAUGCAGUUCCAUGUGUUUGAGGUAACUCGGCAGCUCCCAAGAUUCUCCAUGUACGUACCCUGCACAGACCAGGUCCCUGAGCCGAAGAGUAGUGUGGUCUUCACCAUCAAUGAAAGGAUACAAAGGGUGGUGCUGUGGAUAAAUCAGAACUUCUUAGUAGAUGAGGACAUAGCAGCUGAGACACCCCUCAAUGUAGGAUUCCUUUCCUUGAGAGGAUCAGGUCCUAUCUUCAUUCAGAUGCAGGCCAAUGGACAGAUAACCAUCCGUACAGAUGACAUGGAUCUAGCUGGUGAUCUCAUCCAAGCAUUGGCUUCAUUCCUGGGUAUAGAUGACCUUCAGGUUGUAGCUGAUUACCCCAUGCAUAUGGAGGAUCUCAAGAAUCUACUGGUCAAGGUGGAUGAAUUCCAUUCUGUGAGACAGAAGUUAACAGCUGAGAUGGCAGACCAUUCUAACUUGAUCAGGAGUCUGGUCGUCAGAGCUGAAGAUGCUCGUCUCAUGUCUGACAUGAGGAACAUGCGUCGUGGGUACAUGGAGUUGUUUGACCUGAAUCGUGACCUGGUGAAUGGUUAUAAGAUCCGUUGCUCUAACCACCAAGAGCUGCUCAAUUGUCUCAAGCUGGUCAACCAAACCAUCCAAAAGGCUGGUCAACUAAGAGUUGGGAAGUUCAAGACCAUGGUGGUGUCAUCCUGCAGGCAAGCCAUCAAGGAGAAUAACAUCAGUGCUUUGUUUAAGAUCAUCAAGACAGGAACAUCAUGAAGAGGAAGGCUGGUAUCAAAAAGACAAUCAUAUCACUUCUCUCUAAUCUCAUCGGAGGUCAUUAGUACCGAUGCUCUCAUCGUCUUCAAGGAAUCUAUUCAGAAAGUACCGCUCAGUCUCUCGAUCUCGUUUUGAAGGACUUUAUUCAUUGAGUACUGCUGCUUAUAUAUUUUCUUUCUCUCUCUCAUCAUGAAAGAGUUUAUUUAUUAGUCUCUGUCCGUCCAAUUCAUGAUUAACUCAGAACCUUGACUAUCUGUAAGACUGAGUUGAAUCUUUGUGCCUAGGUAGAUUUUUAGUGCAAUUCGAAAGGUACAUAGUGUGAAUCUGCUGAGAGGGUAUUAUUAUACAAGUAAUUCACCUUUUUUUGUGUGUGUUUGUUAAAGGACAUUGAUUUUUGAAAAACUUUGGGCCCACGUGUGAAUGGCGUAUCAAGUAACCUUAAUAUGCAUGUCUCCUUUAACUCAGAUGUUACACAAAUAUCUUUGGGAAAAAAAAUUCUGAGGUAACGCACCGUUUGAAAUUGGCUGCAUAUAUGCAUGCAGGUUAUUUCAAAGUCUAUGAAAUAGACUGCAUAAUUCAAAAAUUAUUUGAAAACUAGGUGUUGCACACUGGUAGUGAUAUUCCUUUUUUUUCUUCGGGCGUUGCCCAUUUUGAUAUUUUAUUUUAUUUUGUCAAUACUGCCCAAUUAUGGCAGAUUUCAUUGCAGGUUUCCAAGAUUGACUAAAUUAUUUUACAACAAAAAAAAACACAGAACUAUAUCACUGCUAUUGUUUGUGGUAUAAAGUGUUUGUUAUAACUUGAUAGCAACCUUUUAGCUUGGUGGGGAGAAAAUCAUUUUACAAAUCAUUUACAUUCCGUAAUCUAUUUUUGAUAGCAACCCUGUAGACUUGUGCAGAUGAACAAUUGAUGUAGGGAGCAACCUUGGACAGCAAACACAGGCUUGAAUUUUAGUGAAUGCUGGCUGCCCCUGUACACAGUAUAGAUGUAUUCUUCUUUAAACAUAUAAAGAAAAUGUUGACAUACUUGUAUUGCUUCAUCUAUAUUGUGAAACUGUUUUGAAAUGUCUUCAUGUCAUAUCAUAGAAAUGUGAUACUGCCCUGGCAGGAGACAAUAAACACAAGUACAUAACACUAGCAAUGAUAUGUGACAAUGCAGGCAAUUGCUAGGCUUGUUUUCAGCGUCCAGUAUCCCUUUUAUGAAUUUCGACACGUUUCUUAGCAAUGAAGAUAAAAAUCAUUUACUGGUGGUAUGUAUACACCUGUAGAUAUUGCCAUAGAAAGGGUUUUAUUGUUGAAACAAAUUGAUAUGUUCAAUAAUUUAUCCUUCAAUUCGCCUCAAAUGUGAAGUAUUUGAAUUUUUAAUCAUGGUAUGAUAAGCUUUUUCUAUUGUUGCCUUUCAGCGUGCAUGUUGUAUUCAAAUAUUGUAGUUUUGAAAUUAGUGUACAUAACAUUGUAAAUGGCAGGUUGUACAUAUUCUACAUGUGGAGAAAUAUAAUUCAUAGUAUGUCUGUGAAAAAUUAUAAA